CGUCUUCGAAGAAACAAAAUCCGAAUUCUCGUAGGCAGGAACGUCGAAAACUGAACCGAAGCUGUCGCGCAGGGAGGCUGUUGAAGGGAGGAGCGCGCAAGCAAGCUGAUUCUGAACCACACGAGCAUUCCCACUUUCUUUCGCAGAGUUCAUCAGACGCGAUUCGAAGGUUUUCUUUGGUUGUUUCGAGGGCAGCCCUUUGAAAGCGCAUCAUCUUGUGCCGCUAACCAACAGAAGUGCUUGUUCCAUCUUGUGGGUGGGUCUGGUUGCGGAAAAGGAGUCUGGGAGGAUGGCUUCGAAGAGGAUAUUGAAGGAACUGAAGGAUCUUCAAAAAGAUCCCCCGACCUCAUGCAGUGCGGGUCCUGUGGCCGAGGACAUGUUCCAUUGGCAAGCAACCAUCAUGGGACCUGCUGACAGCCCGUAUGCUGGAGGCAUCUUCCUGGUGACAAUCCACUUCCCACCUGAUUACCCGUUCAAACCUCCAAAGGUCGCUUUUAGGACAAAAGUAUUCCACCCGAAUGUGAAUAGCAACGGUAGCAUCUGCCUGGAUAUCUUGAAGGAGCAGUGGAGCCCUGCGCUGACUAUUUCAAAGGUCCUGCUUUCGAUUUGCUCCUUGUUGACGGACCCGAAUCCAGAUGAUCCGCUUGUCCCUGAAAUUGCACACAUGUACAAGACGGACAGAGCCAAGUACGAAGCUACCGCUCGACAGUGGACGCAGAAGUAUGCCAUAGUUUGAUCGCGCUGAUUGGAAGUCCUGGGGACUGGUUACCCGUGUAAAAACGAAUUUGGCGUCCCGUUUAAUCGUGCCAACCUGUUCCGGAUUGCCAAAGCAAGAACAUAAGAGAAUCUAAGGAGACUGAUGCAACAUGAAUAUUGCUGCUGUGUAGGUUUUACCCAAGUUUGUCAUCAUUGUACUCUGGCAGGGCUCAAGUGUAUCGGCAGGCUGUUGAUUUAGAUGGUCUGUGGAAGCGGUUUGAGUCAUGCUUCAUAAAAGAUGCUUUCCCCUCUUGACGUGCAUCCCAUGCAUUUGCCAAGUUGCCGGUGUUGGAUCCUGUAGUCCGACAAUUCUAUGGAGCAAAUGUGCAAUUGAGCGCCAAGUUAUUACUUGAG